GGGGAAAAACGUGAUGAGAUGUCAUUAUUUGACAAAAAAAGGAGCAGUUCUUUUCACCAAUCAUAUCCUUCCUUUUCCUGUCUGUUUGAACAAAACGAACGCCCUAUUGGUGGCUAACCAACCAACCACGGUCCUUCGAACUUGCAUUUUGAAAACGUUGGCGGCUGAUUUUUUUUUUUAAGAACGAAGGAAAAAAGAAAGAAGGAAACGAAGGAAAGAAGAAGUUUUUUAAGAACGACUGGACAUCCUACGUUAUUUAUUUAAACAAUUUUUAACCGAAUACGAUGCAGAAUAAAGAAAAUUAUGAGCCCAAGGGUCUCCAAAGAUCGUUCGCAACCCCAAACACGGGAGGGCCUCAGCGUGUGCUGGUGAAACCACGAGCGGACACGGGGGUCAAAAACUCUGUCACAGGUCCUGGGAGAGAAUGUGUGAGCUCUUCUUCCAGUUCUCCACCCAAGAAACUUUCAAUUGAUGACUUCGACAUCGGCCGUCCACUUGGAAAGGGGAAAUUUGGCAAUGUGUACCUCGCAAGGGUGAAGAAGCUGGACGCCAUUGUGGCGCUGAAGGUUUUAUUCAAGUCGCAGAUGGAGAAAGAAGGUGUGGAGCAUCAACUCAGGAGGGAGAUUGAGAUUCAGGCCCAUCUCAAGCACCCAAACAUUCUUCGCUUCUACAAUUAUUUUCAUGACCGCAAAAGGGUGUUCUUAGUAUUGGAGUACGCUCCGCGUGGUGAAAUGUACAAGGAGUUGCAGAAAUACGGCCAAUUCGAUGAUCAGCGUACUGCCACGUACAUGGUGGAGAUAUCAGAUGCUCUAAUAUACUGCCACGAGAAAAAAGUCAUUCAUCGUGACAUCAAGCCAGAGAAUCUGCUUCUUGGCUAUCGUGGAGAGCUGAAAAUAGCUGAUUUUGGGUGGUCUGUUCAUGCGCCUUCUCUGAGGCGACGCACUAUGUGCGGGACACUAGACUACCUUCCCCCAGAGAUGAUCGAGGGACACACCCACAGCGAGAAGGUGGACUUAUGGUGCAUCGGAGUGCUCUGCUACGAGUGCUUGGUUGGAAACCCGCCUUUUGAAACCAACAGUCACAAUGAAACUUAUAAACGGAUUACGAAGGUGGAUCUGAACUUCCCAGAAGUUGUCUCUGAUGGCGCACGAGACUUGAUCUCCAAGCUGCUUCGUCACAACCCCAUCGAUCGCCUCCCUCUGCAGAAAGUUAUUGACCACCCGUGGGUGCGUGCCAACGCUCACAGACUCCUUCCUCCAACCUGCCCCUCAAAGACAUCUUAAGCCCACCUGGAAAACAGUACCUCCCUCCAAAGGAGUUUUAUCUGUCCUCCAAAAGAGACUCUUGGCCAGCGUGAAUUCAUUCGAUUGCUAUGCAGAGGAGGUUUUCAGUUUGUUUUUAUUAUCAUACAUGAUACAGGUAACGGUAUAUGGUUUCUUAAAGUAAACAAAACCUGAAUCUGAGGACUUCUUCACAGGAUGCGUUUAAGAUAACAGUGGAUCAGUUAUCAGAAAAAAAAUGCAUAUUAUUUUUCUAUCACUUGGUAAAUCGUUCAUACUCUUUUAAACAUGCAUAUUCACUUUUUAUUUUAAAGUUUGUAUAUUGUGCUGUACUUAUGUAUGUACUUUCCUGUAGAUGUCUUUGUUAUCUCAUUAGUAAAACUUUUAAAGAUGUUUGUGCUUGCAGUGGCAUUGACACCAAAGUACUACUGCUAAACUGUUUAAAGCAAGUACAUCCUCCAGUUGCUAAAUAUUAUGUUUUUUGCUUGUUUUAGAGAGCAUGUUUUAUUUUUUGGUGUUUCAAAUUUCCAAUGAAUAUUAUUAAAUGAUUUCUAUUUCACACUAAA